UUGCCAGCCUUCAUCUCGGAAGAAACUCCAACUCCAGAAGCAGCUAGCCCAUUGCCUAAGCUUGAUGAGGCCAUUACGUCUUCUCCUGUGCUUAAUAGAACAGAAUCAAGUCUGCUCCGCAUCAAAACGCAGAUACGCCAGGCAAAAUCAGUAGAAGUCCAAGAGGCUGCAAGAAGACUGUCUGAGGCGGAAGAUCCUCUUGACUCCGAUUGCGAUAGUAAAGACACCAAUACUUCUCUAGACGCUGUCCUUAAACUUUCAGACUCAAGGAUGCUGCAUAUGCUCGAAGCUAAUAAGCAGAAACUUAAUGUCUCACGAGAGUCAGAGAGGCUAACCCAGAGACAUGCUAGGUUCAUGCAUGAGACUCUGGGUCAAUAUGCUUUACUAAAGAAUCUCAUAGAAAAACUACAAAAAGAAACGGAAUCAAUGAGAAUGAUUCUGUCGUACGACUUAUGUACUGCGGUAACAGAAACUAAACGUGAGGUUACUACGGUCAAACAGGAUAUAUCAAUGUCUAGCUCCGUAACCAACCAGCUAAAGAUAUUGUUGGAAGAACUAUGA